AUGCGAAAAGCACUCAAUGCCAUGAACAUUCCGCGGCUGCGCAAGAACCAAGCCGAAGUCGGGGACCAGCAGCCGCCAGAGCACGUGCUGUCGAGACAUGCGGCGUUGAAUCGCGCUGCGGAACCUGCGGCCGUAGGCACCUCACCGUUGCAGGGUGUCCGUCGCGCGAGCACAGAUUAUGGGUAUGAUCCAUACGAUGAGGACGUGUCAGAGCGUACAGGCUAUUUGGAUGAAGAACGCGAUGUCGAUGAAGACGACGACCCAUACGACGACGAUGAAUCAUACGAAGAUGAAUUGUACGACGACGAGGAUGCUGGGUAUGGUGAACGGACAGGGCAUGAUGGAGAAGACACACACACGGAAGUCACUGGAUAUGGCGACGAGGGCGAAGAAGAAGAUGGUGUGUAUUCAGACGAAACAGGAUACGACGACGGGUACACGGAGCAGACCGGCUAUGAUUAUGAAGACGAUGCGUACACGGAGCAGACCGGCUACGACGAUGACGCUUACUCUGAAGGCACGGUCACUGGCUAUGGCGACGAAUACUCUGAAGGCACUGGCUAUGACGAGGGUGAUGUGACUGGCUACGAAUACGACGAUGAUACCACGGAUGAUGUACGCAUCGGGCACGGCUCUUUGCCUGACGGGAAUUCCCAUCGGGCCUUUGAUCCUUCCCUGCAGAGUUUGGAGGAGAGUGAGGUCGAUGAGACCGAGCGAUACCCGUCGACGUACGAAGACUAUGACGAUGAUUACAUGUACGACGAUGAACCGGUCGAUCGUGACUUGGAAGAGCCAGAGGAGUACGGCGAUGAGUACGCCAGUGACUUUACGGAAACGCUCUCAGAUGAGAUGCCCAGUCCGAAUGCUAGUGCGCUGUCCUUGUCGAGAACCGGUGACCCUGGUUCUCCUUCUUCGGCAGGCGUUCGUCCAGGUGCUUCGGACGUAGGAGCUCUAGCAACGGGAGCUGGAGCGGGAGCUGGAACUGGAACUGGAACCGCUGCUGCCGCCGCUGCUGCCCCGACCAAAGCGGCUCGCUCUAUGGAAGGUCGCGAAGCACCGGCACAUGUCACUCAUGGUGGUCAAAGAAAAGGCAUAUUUCUCCAUAGUCUGCGUCGCAAGCAGGAGCCUGGACAGGAGCCUGCGCCGCAGCCAAAAAUGUCGCUUCUACGCCGACUUCCCAUCUUGGGUCAAAAGCGAAAGACAACGAUGGACCGUCAAGAACAAACGUCACUUCGCCGAUCUAUUUCGCAACGUCGUGAUAAUGCCCGGGACCUUCGGCAAGAUGCCCAGGCUGCCAUUAUGGGUAAUGUCUCUCAUGGGAUGCCGGAUGCGAGACCAGCUCCUCCAAUUGACGGCUUCAAAGUGGCCCCACCGAUCGGAGGCGGUGCCCGAGUGUUGGGGGCCGACCAGGCGCCAGCACAUCGGCCUGGCGUGCCCACCGGGCCGGCAGGUCCUUCAGGCAUGCGGGUAAUGAAUCCGGACUCCCUGCCAGUGCAACAACGGGCGGCGAAUCCACCGCUCGCAUCGAAUGACCGCCGUGCCAUGCCUGCGCUCGCGGCGCCCGGCAGGCCGCAUAAACCUCGUCCGCCGACGAAUCCGCGUUAUGGCCCUGACUCGCAUCCGGGUGGGGCUCCCAUGCAAAGCACAAACGCACCAGUGCUUGCAUCGGCUGCUGCGGCGACACACAACGACCUGGCUGAGAGUGAGCGGAGCGACUCGUACAUGGGCACGACUACGGAGGCAUACUCGGAUCAAGCAAGCAGCACCCUCACGGAACGCCCCGGCCUGUACGGCGAUGAUUCGUUCCGUACGGAGUCCGACGUUGAGCGAGAAACAGAGAUCGACACAGACACGGAGCGUGAACCGUCGGUCGGCGCGCCAUUCACUGCAUCAGCAGGAACUGCUGCGUCUGUAGCGACGCCAGUGCGAGCCACGGCGUCGCCAGAAUUCCGAACGCCGGGACCAUUCCGAGGCAUGCCACAUAUGACAAGCGCGUCAUCGCGCUACGCACAAGUCAUGCCGCAGUACAGGAACAUGGCGGCUGUGUCGCCACACAUACUCUCGCCGACAUUGUCGAGCCGUGGCAUUCCCGUAGGCCAUGGCCCCGCUGGUGCCGCUGGCGUCGGGGCUGGUUCGGCCGCUCUCGCGAGGUCGCCAGCCUCGGUUUCUGAUGUGUUUGUGGACACAUCGAUGAUGGGCUCCGUGCCAACCUCACCCGCCAUGUCAAGGCAGCUGCUGCCAAUGCAGCAUGCGCAGGGCGGCGUUGGCGAUGCAUCGACGAUCGACUCGACAUUGCCGGACUCCCAAACCGACACUCGAUCCGGCAGUGCAGCCAAUGCGUUGUACUCACGCGCAACUAGCUCACGUCCGCACAAUGCCGUGCUGCGCGACGAAACGAGUGGUCGUGUGCCACAGUUCGUGGAUCCCUUCGCGGAUGGCAAUGCACUAGACCGCUUCUCGCGCGAGAUCCGUCGGCCUGAGAGCAUUGAGCCUAGCCUGUUUGAUGGUGAGGCUGCGUCUGGCGGGCAACCGUCGAGUCCCCUCAUGCCGCGCACGGGGCCGCUGAGUGGGCAGCGUGACUCAGACUCGUCGUCUACCAUGCCGGCCGUUCGCACGAUGGCGGAGCUCAAGACGCCGAAGCAGCACAAGCCGACCGAUUCCACUACUUCCAGUGACUUUUUCACCGUCCACAACGCUUCGAUUCGCUCCGGUACGCCCAUGCCUGGCCUGCGUGCGGCUAGACGCUCGGCACAUCGUGUGACUCGCGCGGGCACAGGAAACCGAGGCUCGCCGGCUCGCGCUAGGGGUUCUGCCCGCACCCACACUUCGCAUGGGAUGUCGCCUGAACGCCGUAGUGCACACAAGAGCCGGUCCAAGGCCAAGGACGUGCCACCCGUUCCUCCUGUGCCGCCAGUGCUGCCAACGCCCAAAGCAUCUCCCACGCCGAACCGCACGCAUCGCAAGAAGCACGAGGCGCCCAUGAGUUUCCGCAACCUGGAGAAAAAAGCGCCCAAAGGUCGCACCGGUAGCAAGCAGCGAACGCCUCGAGCGCUGCGCGAUCCGAGCAAGUAUCUACUGACACCUUCCGUCGCGCCGACGGAGACAGAUUCCGAGGAGCAGGCCGAGCUGUCAGGCUCGAAAGCAAAGAAACAGCCGCCAGCGUCUCGGCGGCCAUGGCUCUUGCGUGACCUGUCGGCGGAGGAGACACACUACUUUUUGCGCGAAAUGAUCAGCAAGGAGCUGACAUGGGAGUGGGACCGGCUGUUUGUCAUGCGCUCGUUCGAUCGCCCCAUGGAUUCGGAUCAGCUGCAGCCGCGCAAGGCUGGUCGCCGACCAGCCAGGUCCGACUCAGAUUCACGCGCCGGCGAUUUCUCCGACUCGUCCAGCGCAGCAGCGCUUGGACUCACAGACGACGAAGAUGUGUUCCGUCGGGACGUGUAUGAUCCCCAUCCGCCUCCGUUGGAUUUGCCACUACUACGAUUCUUACUCCGGAAUGCCUUUUGUACAUUCCCCCUGUUUGUCCCGCCGGAACAGAGCAAGAAUGGUCCUCGCAUGCCGAACAAGUCGGCCGUAGCACGCAUGUACUUUUUCUCGGCCAUCAUGCCGAUUGCUCGUGAGAUUCAGGCUCGUUCUCUCAGUGCGACGGUCGAUCGACUCGGUGAGAGCGACGGCAUGCCAUUCAUGGGACAGUCGUUCACGUCAUCUAUCAUGCAGCUCAUCAAAAAGUGGUCCACCCGCUACAUCACCGCCGUGCUGCGUGUGGGCCCAGGUAGUCCCUACUAUGGCGCGGAGCCGGUGCACAAUCGCUCGCUGCCAUGGCCCAACGCGAAGCUCCUCCCACCCGAGGCGUUCGUGUGUUACCGGCGCCCCACCGACCGUCUGCGCUUUGGCGGCUUUGAAGUCGACAUUGUCGCUGUGCGCGAGCACUCACACCGAGAACGCGACUUCUUGCUGCGGAUCCGCCGGCCGAACCGCAUGGAUGAAUUCGUCGUCCGGAACGACCGCGACUGGGACGAGUUCCGUGCGAAGCUCGCACAUGAACUAGGCCCCUUUGUGCAUGUGCGCCCGCUGCCGCGUCUGCCGGGCCGCAUCGAGCUUGAGAAGCAAGCGAUGGAUGCGUCGGAUGACACUCGCAGUGCUGACUCGGAAUCGUACUACACGCGUGCGUCGUCGUACGCCAAAGGCAACGCGGAAUCAGGCUCAGUCUCUGGCUCCGGCUCGGUCUUCGACUCUGGCUCUGGCUCUGGCACCAGCUAUGCGGACUCUGCCUCGUAUUACACUGACAGCAGCGAACACCCUGCAUCACUUAGCACGUCUCGGCCACCGCCUGGCAUGACUGCAGCUGACAUCCUCAAGCCGCUGUACGGCCCUCGUUCUCAUUCUAUGCCGCGCUUCGAGGUGGACCGCCGCCUCCUGCGUUCGUGGCUGCGUGAUACCCUUGCCAUCCGCAGCAUUGCAGACAGCAGUGAAGUGCGUGCCUUCCUGAGCAUCGGCUGCUUCAACGACCGCGAGCUCGAUACCAACGAGCUGCUGAAUAUCGCAGAGCGCCGCCGAGUCGACUGUCGCCGCAUCGAAGAGCGCGAAAAGGAUGCGGAAAUGGCCGGUGAAAGCGUGCUAAGUAUCCGCCGCGUGCAGCAACGCAUCUGGGUCGACUGCGUCGAUGGAGAUGGGUUCUUGAAGAUGUUCGAUGCGCUGAAGGCCACGUCGUCCUACGCGAACCUGCCAUCGUCGUACCAGAUGAUGUGGGCUUGGGGCAAUCUGCAGGCAGCUCGCUUCCUCUAUGGCAUCUUUGUCCAGGGCGACCAGUCUCGUGCGAAUCUCGCUCGUGCCCGUGACAUGAUCGACGCAAUUCCAUGGCGCAAGCUGGCAAAUGCAAUGCGUCUACCUGCCGUGCAGAUGGUGGCCGAGUGGCAGAAGCAGUUCCUGCGCAACCGGUUCUUUCAUGCGCUCUUCCAGAUCGUAUUCGAAGACAACCCGGUCGUCAUGGACGAGGACCUGCGUGCCUUACAGCAGGCCAUCGAGUCUGACACAAUGGUCCGCAAGCUUCGCAUGUACGUCGAGAGCCCCGAAGAUUUCAAGCGCCUCGUGCGGCAGCACGCCGUCAAGGCCGGGAUCCCGCUCGUCGCUGCGAUUGUCCGCGGGUCCGACGCUCCCAAGCUCAGCAAGACAGACGUCCAGCGCGUCAUUGCUGCCUCUCGCGAGUACACCGACUUCAUGAACUCGCAUCCAACGGCCAUCCGCAAGAAAGGCAACACAAGCCCCGGCUUCACACUCAUUGUCAACUUGCAGCGUGUGCUGCGCCUGUAUUCACUGCACCGCGACGUGACACAGAUCCGCGGCAUGUUGCAAGACCCAACGAUCCUCGAUGCACUUACAGUCCUGCUAGAGCCCCUGCUCGAGGCGCUCGUACGCCUGCAUCGUGUCAAAGGCAUACGCGAAGACUUGAUGGACCUGCACGUAUUCCUCCUGCGUCUCUUUGACCUUCUUGAGAGUCUUCGCGCGCGUGUGCAGGACCCAGCCCGUUCCAUCAACACAUUAGCCUCGUUCCUGGACCGAAGUGCACCGGGCCUGUACGAUUUCCUUCAUCGAUGGUCGCAUGUCGAUCCAACCGUGUUCAGCACAUUUGCUUGGUUCCGUCACUUGGCCAUGAGCGUCGGUGUCGGCUCAGAGGAUCUCGCCAGUAUAUGGGAUCCGCCCUCCUCGGUCAUGCAUGAGACAGACCCAAGCGUGGAAGAGGUGACCACCGCCUUGCGCUCGACCAAUCUUGAUAAGUUCAACUCACUCAAUGUCGACGUCUUGUCAAAUCACACGCACUUGGACCCGAACAUCAAGGCCGAGAUCGUGGCUCUCGUCGAGGCUGCUCGGAGGAAACGUGGUCGUCAAAUGGAAAUUGCUAGUCGGUGGGCUGCCGGCGAUACAGAGGCCGACUUUAGUAUCCAAGUGUUCGGCGAUGGCGACGGGCAUAUGCGCCGCGAACCGUUCCUGCCGAAAGAGCCUGCUCCAGCGCCAAGGACGGAGCUGGUCGAUCGUUUGCUGCGUAGCUUCCGCGAAGCUGUCUCCAGUGCACUGAACCGCUAA